GGAGCCGCGGCAAGGUCUCCAGCAGCAUCCUGGUUACAGAAAACUCCGAAGCAGAGUCCUGACUCCGAGCAGGCGAAGGUUGCCGGGAAGAUUUGGAUGUACUCUCGCGGAAGAAGAGGCGGUAAAAGUUGCCUACUUGUUGUCCGGACGAGGCUAACAGCUCCGCUCGUGUGUCUCGCGCUCCGGGCGGCCACCCUCGCCUCCUCUCGCGCAGAGCAGCGUGUUCUUUAACUAGCAGCGGGGCGCCCUCACACUUUAUUCACAGAGUUUAGAGGGCCAGCACAGCUGCUACAUUUGUAUUCACAACCAUGUCGGAACCAUCCUCCGCGCCUUCUGCCCCGGCAGAGAUCGAUUUCCUCGCCCCGGACGCCGGGCAGAGGCCGCCCGGUCCGACGCCCAGUCAGAGCCGCUUCCAGGUGGACCUUGUGUCCGAAGCCGCGGGCGCCUCCGAGGAGAGGUCCCCGAGCUCUGACGGCUCCGCUGCCGCGCCGGAAGGCCCGGGCAGUGACCCACCGGGGGCCGGCGGGGAGGAAGCCAAAGGCCGGUUUCGAGUUGUGAACUUCGCGGAUCCAAGCGGCGCGGGGAGCGGGGCCUCCCCCGAGGCGGGCCCGGAGGGGCUGCAGAACGGGGACACGGUGAUGAGCGAGACCAGCUUGCAUUCAUCCACGGGGGGCCAGCAUCACUAUCACUACGACACGCACACCAACACCUACUACCUGAGGACAUUUGGACACAACACCAUCGAUGCCGUGCCCAAGAUUGAUUUCUACCGGCAGACAGCUGCGCCGCUCGGGGAGAAACUCAUCAGACCCACCCUGUCGGAGCUCCACGACGAGCUGGACAAGGAGCCAUUUGAGGAUGGCUUUGCCAACGGUGAUGAGCUGACACCGGCUGAGGAGGCUGCUGCAAAAGAAGCAGCCGAGCCCAAAGGAGUGGUCAAGUUUGGCUGGAUUAAAGGAGUGUUGGUUCGCUGCAUGUUGAACAUCUGGGGGGUGAUGCUCUUUAUCCGUAUGACAUGGAUCGUUGGCCAGGCUGGAAUUGUUCUUGCCUGCGUGAUCGUCUGCAUGGCCACUGUUGUGACGACCAUCACUGGCCUCUCUACCUCUGCUAUAGCUACCAAUGGAUUUGUUCGAGGAGGAGGAGCGUAUUACUUGAUUUCGAGGAGUUUGGGACCAGAGUUUGGAGGUUCUAUUGGUCUGAUCUUUGCCUUUGCCAAUGCAGUGGCUGUAGCCAUGUAUGUGGUGGGAUUCGCCGAGACCGUGGUGGAACUUCUAAGUGGCGUAGGUGCAGUCAUGACUGAUGAAAUCAACGAUAUCCGAAUCAUCGGCACCAUCACAAUAAUUCUUCUCCUGGGCAUUUCUGUGGCAGGAAUGGAAUGGGAGGCCAAGGCCCAGAUCUUCUUGCUUGUUGUUCUGGUCACAGCCAUCAUAAAUUACUUCAUUGGAUCCUUUAUUUCUGUGAAAUCAAAGGAACCUUCAGGCUUCUUUGGCUAUAAUGGUAAGAUAAUGUGGGAGAACAUGGGACCGGACUUUCGAGACGAGACGUUCUUCUCUGUAUUUGCCAUCUUUUUUCCUGCAGCCACCGGUAUUCUGGCUGGUGCCAACAUUUCAGGAGACCUUUCUGACCCACAAAUGGCUAUUCCCAAAGGAACGCUUCUGGCUAUUUUGAUCACAGGAAUCGUCUACCUGGGCGUUGCUAUUUCAACAGGAUCCUGUAUUGUGAGAGAUGCCAGUGGAAAUGUCAAUGACACAGUCAGUUCUCAUUUCAUGACAAACUGCUCUGAUGUUGCCUGCCAUUUGGGCUUUGACUUUUCUACCUGCAAGAACAGCGCAAAAGGCUGCCGCCAUGGACUUCACAAUGACUACCAGGCGAUGAGCUUGGUUUCAGGGUUUUCACCCAUCAUCUCAGCUGGAAUCUUCUCUGCCACUCUGUCCUCCGCUCUGGCCUCUUUAGUCAGUGCUCCUAAAGUUUUCCAGGCUUUAUGUAAGGACAACAUCUACCCCCACAUAGGAAUAUUUGCCAAAGGCUACGGCAAGAACAACGAACCCAUCCGAGGCUACAUCCUGACCUUUGGUAUCGCUCUGGUCUUCAUCCUCAUUGCUGAGUUGAACACAAUUGCACCCAUAAUCUCCAACUUUUUCCUGGCGUCUUACGCUUUGAUCAAUUUCUCAGUGUUCCACGCAUCUUUGGCUAACUCUCCAGGCUGGCGUCCCAGUUUCAAAUAUUACAACAUGUGGGUUUCCCUUGCUGGAGCCAUCCUGUGCUGUGUGGUGAUGUUUGUCAUCAACUGGGCGGCUGCUCUCCUCACUAAUGUCAUUGUUAUGGCUCUCUAUAUCUAUGUGAGCCACAAGAAGCCAGAUGUGAACUGGGGCUCAUCGACCCAGGCUCUGACCUACCAGCAAGCCCUGACCCACACUCUGCACCUCAGUGGAGUGGAGGACCACAUCAAGAACUUCAGACCCCAGUGUUUGGUGAUGACUGGCUACCCUAACUCCCGUCCUGCCCUUGUGGAUCUGGUUCAUACUUUCACCAAGAAUGUAGGCCUGAUGAUCUGUGGUCAUGUUCGCACGGGCUACAGAAAGCCAAACUUUAAAGACCUUGCUGCAGAUCAGUCCCGGUACCAGCGCUGGCUGAUGAAAAAUGAAACCAAGGCCUUUUACACACCAGUGUUUGCUGAGGACCUGAGACAGGGCUCUCUGUACCUGCUCCAGGCUGCUGGUCUGGGUCGCCUCCGGCCUAAUACCCUGGUGCUGGGCUUCAAGAAUGACUGGAGAGACGGUGACAUGAUGAACGUGGAGACCUACAUUAAUAUGAUUCAUGAUGCCUUUGACUUCCAGUAUGGUGCUGUUGUUCUGCGACUGCAAGAGGGCCUGGAUGUGUCUCUUAUCCAAGGACAAGACGAACUCUUAUCCUCCCAGGAGAAGUCUUCUGGAACGAAGGAUGUGAUUGUUUCCAUUGAUACCAGUAAAGACUCUGAUGCUGACUCAUCCAAGCCGUCUUCCAAGGCCACCAGCCUUCAGAACAGUCCGGCUGUACAUAAAGACCAGAAGAGUCCGACUCUACCUUUGAAUGUGACCGACCAGAGGCUGCUGGAGGCCAGCCAGCAGUUCCAGAAGAAGCAGGGCAAAGGCACAGUGGACGUUUGGUGGCUGUUUGAUGACGGAGGUUUGACCCUGCUGAUCCCUUACCUACUGACCAACAAGAAGAGGUGGAAGGAUUGCAAGAUCCGUGUUUUCAUUGGAGGCAAGAUCAACAGGAUUGAUCAUGACCGCCGAGCGAUGGCAACUCUGCUUAGCAAGUUCAGGAUAGACUUCUCAGACAUCACUGUGCUGGGAGACAUCAACACCAAGCCUAAAAAGGAGCAUGUGGCAGCCUUUGAGGAGAUGGUCGAGCCAUAUCGGCUGAAGGAAGACAACAUGGAGCUGGAGGCAGCUGAGAGGCUGAAAAACAGCGAGCCAUGGAGGAUCACAGACAACGAGCUGGAGCUGUACCGCGCCAAGGAGCCUGCCGUUAGCCAGGAAGGGAGCCGUGUCCAGCGCGCUCUACAUGGCCUGGCUGGAGGUGCUGUCCAAGGACCUGCCGCCCCUCAUCCUGGUGCGAGGCAACCACCAGAGCGUCCUCACCUUCUACUCCUAAGCUCUUAGCACAGGGACGAAAACUCGUGUUUUUAAGUCUCACAUGUACUGCUGCCUCUGGGAGCAGAGCCCCUCACAGAUCCAGUCCAAAUUUCAAGGUGCACCACACACUCCAGAGACAGCAGAAAACAGCCACUGGUGUGCUGUCAGCAAACACAAAGGAAGUGAUUGGUUGAAAUGAAGAAGCUCUUCGUGUGUUGGAGGAAUGUCAGGGUUAGGGUGGGAGCUGGCUGCAGGAUCGCCCACUCAGCUCCUUUCUUUUUUUUUUUUUAUUCCAAAAGGUUUGUGUUUUUUUUUUUUUUUUUU